AUGGGGCGUAAAAAGAUUCAAAUUACAAGGAUCCAAGAUGAACGUAAUCGACAGGUAACGUUCACCAAAAGAAAAUUUGGCUUAAUGAAAAAGGCCUAUGAAUUGUCAGUGUUGUGCGACUGUGAGAUAGCUCUCAUUAUCUUCAAUUCAACGAAUAAACUAUUCCAGUAUGCUAGCACUGAUAUGGAUAAAGUUCUUCUGAAAUAUACCGAAUACAAUGAACCGCAUGAGAGUCGAACGAAUGCCGAUAUCAUGGAAGCUUUGCAAAGGAAGGAAAGCAAAUCGGGCGGAGUGGAAUCAGAUGAAGAUUCCCCAGGUUCGUUAACUCCGAAUUUACCGAAUGGAACUUCUUCAAGUAGUGUUGCACCAGCUACUGCAUCCGUUACUAGCAGUACGUCUAGCAUGGAUUUCAACGGGGUCACAAAUAUAGCACAACAAAUUUUCAACUCAAAUGUAUUCCUCUCCCAUUCAGCAGCCAUUUCUUACAAUAGUUCGCAAGAUUCAACCGCUGCCAUCGCUUCCUCUUUGAGUCGACCGCAACAAAUGGAACCGAUCAAAUCGUUAGGUUUCCCCUCGACAAGUUCAUUCUUGAAUUAUACCGAUUGUUCCUCCAGUCCACGACCUGUAGUCGCUGUAACAGCCAAUAAUAGUGGAAAUUGUGCCGGCAGUCCGGUUUCUUCUUGCGAACAGCACAUCAAUAUCAACAGUCAGCCAACACAGAAUGACACGCAGCUACAACUCGUGCAUUCUGAAACUGCCGUCGUAACUCGAGGAUACACGAUAACUUCUGAUUUGAGGCGAACCUCAAACACUGGUACACGAACCAAUUCAGGUGAUUUGAACCAGGAACAGCAACAGCAUCUUAGUAUCGCUGGUUUCAAUACUUCCUCGUGGUUAGCUAUGCAACCAAAACCUUAUAUCAAAAAUGAACCCAAUUCACCACCUGAAAAAAGAACACGAAUCGAUGGUUGGCAGGCUCAGACCAUAACAUGA